UUGUGCGGAUCUAUGUCUAUAUUGUCUAUCAGUAAUAUUUAUUACAUUUUAAUUGGAUUCCAUUGAGAAAAUAAGAAGUUUUCAGCAAAUAUUGUAUUUACUUGUUAAAAUGGCAAUGAAUAACAAAACUUUACAACUAAUGGCGUCCAAACUUGGACUCGGCGAUGAAGACAAAGUUCUGAACAAAGCAGCUGAGUUCGAACGGUUGCUACAAACUAAGAGCAUGGCGGGAAGUAACAUGAGUGAAACAAGCAAAGUUGUGAUUUGCCUGGACUUGGCUGCCACUAUGUUACAGGCAGAAUUUGAUAUUAAAACUGCUAUCAAAUUCUCUGGCCUUAAGCCCUCAGCCUAUACCAACAGUAAGAAGGUUGUACAGAACCUUCUAGAACUGAACUCGGACCGUCUGACCACUGACAAGCUGUGUAGCACUCUCCAGUGUCCCGGUGUGCAGGAACUGGCGGAUCGGAUACUGGCGGAGUACCAGAAACAAGCUAAAAUGGAGGUGGAUUUAAAUCUGCCGCAAUACGUCUGUAUGGCUGUGUUUCAAGCCUGUAGGGUCAGCAAAGUAAAAAUAUCAAAAAGCAAAAUAGUUGAGAAAUCAAGACUGAAACCUGCACAGUGGGCUAAAUUAGACACUGACUGGACAAAGUUCACUGACUUAAACUUUGCUGCUGUUGAGAAGAAAAAGAGGGGUCGGGUAGCAAAGACUGCUGUUGAAAAUGUUGAAAAGAUCGAAGAAAUGGAAAUCGAUACACCAAUACCUGAAGUUAUUCAAGAAACCGUAGAACCUUAUGAAGACUGGAAGAAACGCAUGCUAGAAACAGCUUAUAAGGAGCUCAGAGAACUAGAAAAGACUGAAUCUAGGAAAAGCGUAACUCCUAGGAAAAAUAUAACGCCUAGGAAGAGCCCUCGGAAAUCAGUACAGAAAUUCUCCCCAUACAAGAGCCCUAGUAAGACGAAUGGUGUUAGAUUGUUGUUUCCUAUAGAUUUAUGAUCAAUAUGUAAUUUUGCCCUCCACCCUGAUGACCUAAAAGAGUUAGUUUGUACUGGAUGCGAAAGGCUGUGAAAGAAGUGUCGUGGCAUUACGUGAAGGAGGCCUAUUUUCAGCUGUGGAUCGACCGCUAUAGACUUGAUGUAAAUUUGAAUGAAAAUCAAUUUGGAUUCACUGGCAGUUUCAGAACCCAUACAAUGAAAAAAAUUGUUGAGCAUUGACUAAGACGAAAUUAUUAAAUGCCAUUAGUGUAUUAACUUUUGUAGUAUUGUAAUAUUGUAAAUGCAAAAGUGUGUUUUUUAAACGUCCUUUUUAUAAAUCUAAAUAAUGAAUAGAUUUUAAAAAUCUAAAAACUCACGAUUUCAAAUGUUACUUCACUCAAUUUGUAUCAAAAUCGAUCCAGCCGUUUUUGUAGUUGUUACUUGCAUUGUAAUUGGGUUUGAAACUGCCGUGAAAAUUUCAGCCUGCUAGCUUAUCGGGACGUGUUUCAAACAAGAAAAGUGAGUGUAUAAAAAACGUGGGAUAAUAGAAAGUCAGAGGCUAAUACAGGCAAGCAUCAAAAUAUACGUCAAGUACUGCAGACUUGUAUUGCAUCAGGUGUUAAGAAAUUACAACAUUCUAAUUAUUAAGGUACUAAAAUAAAGGUUUAUCUUGGUGUCUGUGACAAAAAAACUCAGUUUAAAAAUCAAUCGCGUGUAAAGACAAAUGUAAAACAACAAUAAAGGUUACAAAAUCAA